CAACCUCAACCGAACCGUCCAGAACCUCGACCUACCUACCUUACCUUAUUCAAAUUCAGUACACUGUACGGACGGAUACCUCUACCUCUACCUCAACCUCAACCUUUACCACUCUACUUCGUGCCUCACCAUUCCAUUUGCCAUUUACCGACCUACAAAUUUACCCACCUCAAUACACCUUUACCUGUCCCCUUCGUUUUCCACGGACCUGGACUUUGAUCUGACUCCGGAGACGUUUCAAUAGAACCUACCUCAUUUCCACGACUAAAAGUUUAGAUAUCUUUCGCAGUAUCCUGUUGUUCGGCAUUCGUCCUACGAGAUGGCGCCGGAAAGAUCGGGAGAGAAGCUCUCCGGGCUUCCUGAUGAGCUGGUGCUUAGGAUCCUCUCGUUCCUCGAGCCCCAUGACUUCCCCAACAUCCUCCUGACCAGUCGGAAACUUCGCCAAAUCGCCCUUGAUAAUAAUCACUGGAGGUCACGGGUCUUCGAUCAAUCGCACUUUCUCGAAUCCCUUGAGCGUCGCCGUCACAUGAAUAGCCUCGUCGACGAUGAUGUUCUCGACGAGUCCCUAUCGAACGCCCCGGAAUUCAUCCCGUUAUCAUCCGAAGCGCGGAAACAGCAACGACUGAAGGAUAUGGCCAACUGGGACCCGACAUUGCCCGGCGAGUCCGUUCUUUGGUACGAUGAAUACAUUCAGCGCUAUGCCCCGUCUAGGACGAACUGGUUCCAGCAACCCAGGAUACGAGAUGGCGACGCCGAGGACCUGCUGGAAGUCCUGGGUCUCGCCGUCUACGAACCACCGGGCGAACCCGAUAGCAUGUACGCUGUCUCCCCCCUCGACGACGGCUCGAUAUGUCUAUGGGACGUCAAGGGCCGACGGCACCACAGGAAAGGCGCCAUGCUCGCCAAGAGUCGACCGGGGAUACUGCACAUUGACGGGCCCGGCGCCGCCGGCCGAUCCCGCAAAAUCGACACGGGCGUCACCGAAUCCAUCACCGUGGACAGCUACAACAAGCGGGCCUUCGUGGCCGUCCAGAGCCACCUAAUGGAGGUGGACCUCGAGCGACUGGCCGUCGUGUCGGAUCAGUCAUUCGAGUGGUCCAUCGCGACCCUGUCGAGCGCGCACCCGGACGUGCCGCUCACCGUAGGGACUACGCUCGGCAUCCACAUCUUCGACCACCGCGCGCGCGUGAACCCGACCCAGAACAUGAUCGAGCAGAUAUUCGACCCGGACCCUCUACCCAAGUACGCCGCCCUGUCGCAGCCGCACCCCCUCAGCAUCCUGCACCUGCCGAGACUGGGCGACCCCGCCUCCCUCUCGGACGACAUUUUCGUCGCCGGCCGCUUCAGCAACAUCCUCCAUUACGACCGACGCUACAUCCAGCCCAACGUCCGCAGCAUCCAGGCGAGCUACCACUCCGGCGCCAGGCUCUCCUGCCUCACCUCGCUGCCGGGCCUCUUCUCGCCUCUGGACAGUGAAGUGCGACGACGGGGGGAGCUGUCGGUUGAGCAAGUCCGGGCAUCCAAGGCCAAGGCAGGCCAGACGCUGAUAGCGGGGGGUGAAUACAACAGUAAGGGUUCGUUGGAAUUGUACGGGCUGUCGCCGUCGGACAACCAGCAGCAGUGGGCCGCUGGGAAAGGGGUUUCGGGAGAGGGGAGGCGGCACAGCUCGAAUUUCAAGAACCGGUACAACGCGGCGGAGUCCAAGAUAUUGUCCAUCGCGAGCCACGGCACGCGCGUCGCCUUCUCGGACGGGUCGGGCUACGUCCGGUGGUUCGAGCGCGACGGGUUCACUGAGGUGCACCGCCACAGGAUCGGCCAUAGCGAGGUCAUCACCCGGCCUUCCAUCUUCUCGCAGAUGCCGGGCCUGGACGAUUUGGCGCGGAAGAUUCUCCCGACGGGGGGUCAGCCCGGCGGCGGGGGCGGGGGCCGGGACCGGGACCGGGACAGGGUGAAUGACAACGACUUGCUGUUCUGGACCGGGGAGAAGCUGGGGAUGAUUACGUUUGGCGAGAAGCCCGGGUUCCAGGCGGACGACUUUGAGGAGGAAGAGGACGUGCAGAUGACGGAGGAUGAGACGAAGAUGAAGAUGGAGGAGAGGAAUUACGGGGAGCGCAUGAGGCUGGCGCUGGAACGGGAGGCGGACUCUGUGAGGUUCGUUCGGGGGCUUGGAUUAGGGGUACACCCGUGAGGCGGAAUGUCCUGCGACGACGAGAAAGAGAUAUCACCCAUUAUGGGAGCAGCGUGUAUUCUAUGAUAACCGGUACACAGCGUAUGACAGCGAUGCAUCAGCUCAUAGCAUAACGAUGGCUUAGGUAACACCGCAAGGUACAUUUCGACGGCGGAUUCCAGUAUGUGGCA